UCUCUUGAAAGUACACACGAAUUGAAAUCUUCGCAUUACCGCGGGAUCCUUUUUUUCGCCUUUUUUACACUUUCUUUUAAGAAUCGAAAUAUGUAUGUCAAACAGUUACUUUGCAUAACUCUGUUCGCGUUCGCGGCGAUGAAGCCAGUGAUGAGUGUGAGCCAAGAACAGAUGGAGAAACUAGCUAAAAGUAUGAGGAAAUCUUGCUUGCAAAAGAUCGAUACGUCAGAAGACUUAAUCGAUGGUAUGCGUACGGGAAACUUCCCUGACGAUGACAAUCUGAAGUGCUACACGAAUUGCAUCAUGAAAACACUACGAAGCUUCAAAAACGGAGCUAUCGAUUUUCCCAUGAUCAUCAGACAAAUAGAAAUGGCGAUGCCGCCGAAAAUAGUAGCUCGAAUGAAAGAAGUCAUAGCCAAAUGCAGCAAACGAGAAUACAGCGGUGAUGAGUGCACGAUAACGUAUGACUACGUAAAAUGCUACUACGAGGUGGACCCGGAAAUCUUCAUCUUCCCUUGACGCAUCGAUCAACAAGUAAAUAGUCUAUUAUAAUGUAGAGACAUCCUAGCUUAUUAUUUAUUUCGAACAAUCGAAAAAUUUUAUUUAAAAAAUAAAUCUAAUUGAUUG